AUGACGUUAAGACGUAUACUUAGACGGCAUCUGAGAUUAACCCCGCUACGAAUUUGUUUGAUUGGAUCUUCGUUCAUGUGCUUUUUUUUUCUCGGCAUUUUUACUCUACCAAACAAACAACAAAUUCGCAGAGCAAAUAUACAAGAUAUUACCGACAUCAACAAAGAGAUGCUCCGCACGGCUGCAACACGACGAAAACUCGCACAACAUUCAAGAACUGCCAGGAAAAAUCUUAUAAUUGUGUCACAUGGUCGUUCCGGUUCUUCGCUUAUGGGAGAUAUUUUCAACCACAAUCCCAGCGUGUUUUAUAUGUACGAGCCGCUACAGAGUGUCAAACGAAUAACAAAGGGCAAGUCGUCUACCAAUGAAAGCUAUAGCAGCAUAGUUGAGAAGUUUCUAACAGGUGUAUUUCGCUGCAAAUUCGACCAGCCAGAGAUCUUAGCUGAUAUUGAAAAGUACUACCGGAAACCCGACCAUCCCCGCAUAAGCCAAGCCAUUGCAUCACCGCCUUUAUGUCCGUACAAACUAACAGACUCGAGAUGGGAUACAAAGCUAUGCUAUCCUAUGACAAGCGAGUCUUUGGAAAGUGCUUGUAAAGACAACUGCAAUUUAACCGUAAUUAAAGUUCUUAUGGAUCGUAUUCCUGAGAGUAAUAUCAAAACUGUUUUGACUUCAUGCAACUCUUUUGAUGUUGACUGCAAAAUUCUUUUUCUUGUUAGAGAUCCUCGAGCUGUUAUCCCUUCUUCUCGCAGUUUUGGUUUUUUUAACGAGAAAGGAAACAAGGAUGCUUUACAGAACACAAGACUCUUUAGCUACAAACUAUGCAAAGAAACAGAAGAGAAUUUAGAUUUUAUUCGAAAACUUCCAAAUUUUCUACGCAAAAGAAUCAAAAUUCAACGUUACGAAGACCUGGCAAUGGACCCACUGAAAGAACUCUCAGGCCUCUACGAUUUUGUUGGGUUGCCUGUGCUUGAAAGCGUGCGCACAUGGUUAAAUGAAACUACACAGCUGAGUAGGUCAGAUUGUAAUGAGAAAGACGGAGCGCAAGCCACUUGCACUAAGGACAAUGCUCGUGUGGCUGCAAAUCGCUGGAGAUGGAAGGUACAUCCACACGAUAUUAGCGUUAUUGAGUAUUACUGUGCCAGCGUCAUGCGAUUGGUCGGAUACAGGACUGUGGACCGAUCCUACGAACUUUUAGCGAAUGUAACGAUUCCACUGUUUACCCAUGAUUACGAUGCAAAAAACUGGGGCUUACACUAA